CAGGCUGAGGACCGGGGCGCGCAGGUGACGGAGGCGCUGGAGACACCACGGCGCACGGGAUUAAAAUGGCAAGCUCUUUUGUACCAAAGGCCUUCACUGCACUUUCAGAUCUGCAUCCAAAUAUGGCUAAUCUGAAAAUUAUCGGUGUAGUUAUUGGGAAAACAGAUGUCAAAGGCUUUCCAGACAGAAAGAAUAUUGGAUCAGAAAGAUACACUUUCAGCUUUACCAUUCGUGAUUCACCAGCCCAUUUUGUAAAUGCAACAUCCUGGGGCCAUGAAGAUUACAUCAGGUCACUCUCUGACAGCUUCAGGGUUGGUGAGUGUGUGAUGAUUGAAAAUCCCCUGAUCCAAAGAAAGGAAAUAGAAAGAGAAGAAAAGUUCAGCCCUGCAACUCCUAGCAACUAUAAACUAUUGCUCAGUGAGAAUCACUCAAUGGUAAAAGUUUGUUCCAGUUAUGAAGUGGACACCAAGUUGCUCUCUUUGAUACAUUUACCUGUUAAAGAGUCUCGAGAUUAUUACUCAUUGGGUGACAUUGUUGCAAAUGGACACAGUCUGGAUGGGAGGAUUAUUAAUGUGCUUGCAGCUGUGAGAUCGGUUGGAGAACCAAAAUGUUUUACAACCUCAGACCGAAGAAAAGGCCAGAGGUGUGAAAUCAAACUCUAUGAUGAGACAGAACCUUCUUUUACAAUGACAUGUUGGGAUAAUGAAUCCAUUCUACUUGCACAGAGGUGGAUGCCACGAGAAACAGUAAUAUUUGCCUCAGAUGUAAGAAUAAAUUUUGACAAAUUUCGGAACUGCAUGACAGCAACUGUGAUCAAAACCAUUAUUACGACCAAUCCAGACACACCAGAAGCUAACAUCCUACUGAAUUUUAUAAGAGAAAAUAAAGAAACAAAUGUUGUGGCUGAUGAGAUUGACAUUUAUUUGAAAGAAUCCAUAAAUUUAAAUACAAUAGUUGACGUCUAUACAGUUGAGCAGUUGAAGGUGAAAGCUUUGAGGAAUGAAAGAAAAGCAGAUCCUUUCUACGGCAUUCUUUAUGCUUACAUUUCUACACUGAACAUUGAUGAUGAAACCAUGAAAGUAGUUCGAAAUAGAUGUUCCAGCUGUGGUUAUAUUGUUAACGAAGCAUCUAACACUUGUGCAACUUGCAGCAAAGGUUCUUCAGGACUUCAGUGUUUUCUCAGUUUCCACAUGCUGCUUGAUCUUACUGAUCACACGGGUACCCUCCAUUCCUGUAGCCUCACAGGAAGUGUUGCUGAGGAGACCUUGGGCUGCACGGUGAAUGAGUUUCUUGCAAUGACCGAUGAACAGAAAACAGCACUGAAGUGGCAAUUUCUUUUGGAAAGAAGCAAAAUUUAUUUAAAAUUUGUUUUAUCAAACCGAGCCAGAGGUGGACUGAGAAUCAGCAUACUCUCAUGUAAGCUUGCAGAUCCUGCUGAGGCAAGUAGGACUUUGUCUGGACAAGGACACGUGUAAAACCAAAUGUCCCUCUAAAGUCUGCUCCUUUAACAUGGAAUGCUGGUUUGAAGAUCACAGAUGAAACCGCGCUCUGUGUAAGUGUGGCGGGAAGUCCUGGUGUCGUCCCUGUGCUCCUUGAGCGGCGGGUCUGGGGCCAGUCUGAACACUGCCCGAGCUCCCUCCUUGAAGGCCAUUUCUCCUGGCUCUGCCUGGUCCCCAUGCUGGGAGAUGUU